UAUAUUAUUUCAGACUAAAAAACACAUAAUAAAGAAACGUAUCUGUAUUUUAAAUGUUUAAUUAUAUGUACUUUAUUCACCCUUUGCCUCAUUUGUACUCGCCUGACAGCUAGAGAGGUGGUUUUAUGUGUUUCACCAGGAAAUAUUUUGGUGGCGCACCGACGUCUCUGAGCAUUAUACAGGUACACCAAGCCGGUUCUCCUCCAGGAUAACUGCGCUAUUUGUGAGGUUUGUGUGAGUAACUUCGACCAGUGAAGCAUGACUUCCGUGUUGGUUUUGUAGUAGUCGUCUAAAACCGCGGGACAGACAGAAGCUAUGUCUCAGAACCAUGUGUCAGGCAUGGAGGCGUCUGCUGUCUCCGUCCUGAAGAGAGCCGUGGAGCUGGACCAGAGCAGCCGCUUCCAGGAGGCCCUGGUCUGCUACCAGGAGGGCAUCCAGCUGCUCAUGGACGUGCUCAAAGCUGUGAAAGAGGACUCGAAGAAGCUGCACUACAGAGAGAAGAUAAAGGGCUACAUGGACCGAGCCGAGCAGAUCAAAGUGCACGUGAACCAGCUGAAAGAAGAUGGGAAGUACCAUGAACAGAUCAGGAUAGCGGAGGAUGCCACAGGUUACAGCUACGAGUCUCUGUUCAAGCCGUACAUCAGCAGCUCGCUCACAGAGGUGUGGGUGGAGGACCCGUACAUACGCCACAUCCAUCAGUUGUACAACUUCCUGCGGUUCUGCGAGAUGCUGCUAAAAGCUCCCUGCAAAGUGAAAAGGAUCCACCUCCUCACCUCACAGGAUGAAGUAAGGCCAGCGGGCAGCAGAGCAGCGCGCUGGCCGAGCUCAAGCAGAGCCUGCAGGCCCAGGGAGUGUCCUUGGAGCUGCAGUACUCCUCCACCAUCCAUGACAGGGAGAUCAGGUUUGACAAUGGCUGGAUCAUCAAGAUUGGAAGAGGGCUGGAUUACUUCAAGAAACAUAAGGGCCGAUUCUCCAUCGGAUAUUGUGACUAUGACCUGAGGCAGUGCCAGGAGACCACUGUAGACAUUUUUCACACUAAACACACAAAGACAUUAUGAGGCAUUAUGAGAUGCAUGCACCCUGGAUCAGCUUAUUCACCAGCUUUAAUCUGUGCCUUCACAUAAAAUGUGUUUGCCUUAAGAAAAGCUACUUCGCUGCAAUUAAUUAAGCAAUUACUACUGGUAACUUUUUUAUUAUUGAAUAUACUGCUUAUGUUUUAUCAGAUGUUUACAUAUUUCUGUAUGAUAAAAUAUUUUUUCUCUUGGUUUCUUGUUUAGGUGAUGUAGAAUUAAUAGGGAUCUUUGCUGUUCACAUUUCCAUUUUAAAAAUGACCAUACUUAGUUUUUAUUGAUAUGCAUCUUAUAAGGCACUAGUCCAUUUUUAAAUGACUGGCUUUGGGUUUUGCGGAUUUCCCACAACAGGCCUGUUCUCUUUUUUUAAAAAGCUCAGGUGAGUGCCAUCUGGUAGGAAUAUGUUUGCUCAUUUUUCAAUUAUGAAUUAAAUCUUUUUGGUGCUUUUAUAAUG